AUGAAGUCGUUCACAAGUUCUGCGAUUAAUAAGUCGGGCAAGAAAUUCGCACCAAAGGCUCCUGCUCGCCGUCCUGCAGCAGCAUCAAAACCUGCAGCGCCAGCACCAAAACCCAAUCCCGAUAUCGAAAAUCAAAAUGCGCCUACUGUGCCGCAACCCGAAGCAGGCCAUGCCGCCGCGGGGGCCUUGGUUGCAGAUCCCCCAAUAGAAAAACCAAGCGAUUCCCAGUUGUCUCAAACCGUCGAACCGCCAGCUCCUACCUCCGUGCCUGUAUCACAGCCCAAACCCGUCCCGUCCGUCCCAGUUCUUAAAACUAGUGGCCAGCCUCAAAAGAAGCGUGAUGCCGUUGGAAAGGCCGUCCCGAUUCCUAUUCCGAUCCCGAAACCAAGGCGGGCCACAGCGUUACCGACUCCUACUACGGAAACUUCGUCUUCUAAAGCACGGGUUACCUCUAAUGUACCACAAACCGACGCUCCACCAGCAAGGCAGAGUACCGAAGAGACGGCUUUACGGGAGAGAGAUAUCAAUAACUUGGGCCAAGUGCAGCAGUCGUAUAAUGAUUACAAUGAUGAAACGACUCCUCAACAACUAUCCACGGCACAAAAUCGGCUCCCAGAGUUGGAUGAACCGACAGGAAAUGUGGAAACCAAUAAUGUCGAUUUAGACUCAACGUUGGAACCUCUUCGAACUGACGAAUCUUCCGUUACUCCAGUCUCUAGAGAAGCAUCUCACGCGGAGGAAAAUGGCUCUGCCACAACUGUCCCAAAGAAAGGGCGAAAGCCACCCACAGCACCGCGAAAAACCAAGAGAACUGGUGCGGAACCUCAGGUGAAAAAACAGCGCACCAAAAGGAAGCGGGAAGCAACUCCCGAAGAGUCGGAAGCUGUUGAAAUUGCUCCGACGGUUAUAAAGAUGUCAGAGCUGUGCCGAGAUCUUCGGACCGGCAAAAAAUCCAAACGAGAAGUAGAACUACGCGGUCUUGAAUCUGCGGAAGCAGAGCGCAAACAAAGGGCUAAAGAUGACUCGCGUAAUUCUGUUUCUACGGUCAAACAGCAAUCGGAGAACAAUGAAACCGGCGCCGACAAUCCUGAAUCAACUCCACAGAAGAAUCAGUCCGGACCACGAAUGAGAAUUGUCAACGGCGAGAUCGUCAUUGAUAACGAGUCUCUACAGGUGGAUCGACGAGCCGACUUGGAAUCUAGCCAUAUGGAAGACGUGUUAGAGAGUCGGCUUAGCAGGAAAAUAAAUCAGGCCUCUUAUGGAAAGCGAACAAAGGCAGAAUCGUGGGAUGAGGAGAUGACCGAUUUGUUUUAUCGCGGCCUACGAAUGUUUGGUACGGAUUUCAUGAUGAUCAGCAAAAUGUUUCCAGGAAGAUCUCGCCGCCAGAUCAAGUUGAAAUUCAACAACGAAGAACGCCGAGACCCCGAAAGGAUCAAAAGUACAUUAAUGGGACCUCCUGAAGCCGUCGAUAUUCAAUCAUACUCGGAAAUGACGAAUACUGUAUAUGAAGACCCCCAACUUAUACAGCAGGAAUUGGACGAGGAUAAGAAACGAAUCGAGGAGCAACAUGCAAAAGAAAAACUUGCACAGGAGGACCUUCUCCGCAAUCCCGGCGGUCCUUCUGGCGACGCAAAUGUCGCACAAAGUGUUGAGAAGCCCGCUCGUUCGAAGAAACAGACUUCUGCUUCCAAGAAUGUCUAUUGGGGAAAGGAAGAGAUUCUUAAUGAUUAG